GCUGCGUUCUCGUGACUGUUGUGACUUGUGACGGGGUGCGGCCAGGAGCAUCUGCUGUACAGGCAUGCAGUCGUGAGUGGACCAUCACGGAUGCUCGUGACUAGUAUGCCCGUGGAGGCCCUGCCUGGCGCUUGCAUCAUCAGGUGGAGGAAGAUUGCUGCAUACAGUCACGCACUGGAUCAGUGUGUUGCUGGUAGAAUAACUACAUGCUGCGCUGCUUGCUCUUCGGAUCUUGGUGCCGACUUUGGUGAGACAAGCACAGCAUAGCCCCCUUGACCGCACUCUUGUCACUCGUUCCAUCUCAAAAGGCACCUCGAGGAGGCACAUUUCUUUCUUCCUCUUCACCACAUCAUUCAGCCUCUGCAGACCACACCAAGCUUCUGCGACGCUUUUCAUCGACUCUAACAAACUUUUGGUAACAUCUCCUCGCCUCAAGAUGCGCUUCGCUCCCACCCUCCUCACCAUCUGCGCCCUGGGCGCCCUCGUCGCUGCCAGCCCAGCACCUCAAGAAAGCAACGGAGGUGUCGGAGGUGCCAUCGGUAGCGCCAUCAACUCUGGUGUCGGCGGCUUCUCCAGCGUCUUCAUCGACGGAGGAAGCUCGGUGUUCAACGAUGUCACCAGCUUUGGUGGAGGAGUCGCUACCACCUUGACCAGCGGUGCCGUGGUCGCAUUCGAGACCUUGACUUCUGGGGGCGAAGGUGUCUUCCGCACCGUCACCUCUGGAGGUGCUGGCGCUUUCACAACGCUCACUUCGGAUGGCGAGAGAUACGUCGGAACGCUUACAAGCGGCGCUGCUGGAGCUGCAAGCACCGUCUCUAGCGGAGCGACCGGAGGACGCGAUGCGGCUUUUGCCGUGCAGGCACCCUCCAUGCUCGCCCCCGUCGUCUUGGCUGCCGCAGCUGUUGCUGGCGCAGGAGCUGUGUUGCUCUAAAUCAACGCUCCGAUCGCUGCACUACUCCUGCCACCCUCCACUAAACGUCUCAGGACUUCACUACUCGGUUCCCGCACUUGCUUCGGCUACUCCCAAGGGUGGAUGCUGACGACUAGCUACGACAUCCGCUCGCCCGCGGUGCCUGUCCAAUUCAAGAUCGUUGAAUGCACCCGCUCAGCUCAGCAUUUACUUUUAAUUGAUCACGCACAUUCAGACUCAAGACUGCUCUCUGGCUUCUCUGUUGUAUCUGCAUUCAACCUCCAACUUUCCACGCACGAUCAAUCAAUAAUGAAAGAACAUUCAAAAUCUGAAUCAAAACGAUGUACAGCCC